AGAAGUCGCUCGCUGUGCCCUGAAGACUUGUUCAGUGCAUUCAAUACUUCAGCUCCACCACCUUAAAAAUUAUAGUUGGCUUGCAUAAGUUUGUAGUGAAAAUGAAAACUUAAAUUGUACAGUACGUGGCACCAUUAAUCCAUUACCCAUCAUGUACGUUGAAAGAUUGAAUAAAGUGGAUGACACAUGUGAUAAGAGAAGAGGAUUCACAACUAAAUAAACAAAGUGUGCUACAGUUGCCACCGGAAGAUGCUAUAAAUACACAUCUUCUUGACAUAAUAUCAAUAUCAUAAACCUGCAUGCAAACCAAAACCAAAGAAUAUAUAAGCAAGCAUGGCUUUGUUUUCUCAUUCACAUCUUCAUAUUUUUUCCUUAUUAAUGAUCCUUAUUAUCCACUUUGAUUUCAACAACCUUGUUGUAUCAUCAACCACUCUAAGCAUCACCACAGACAAAGAAGCCUUGAUCUCAUUAAAAUCUCAAUUAAGUAAUAAUGACACUUCUAGUUCUCACCCAUUAUCCUCUUGGAGCCAUAAUUCAUCUCCUUGCAAUUGGACUGGUGUCCUAUGUGACAAGCAUAACCAAAGAGUGACUGGCCUGGACCUUUCAGGCUUUGGAUUCUCAGGUAACUUAAGCCCUUGUAUAGGUAACUUGUCCUCUCUUCAAUCCCUCCAAUUGCAGGAUAACCAGCUCACAGGAAUCAUUCCUAGCCAAAUCACCAAUCUAUAUAGUUUGAGAGUCCUAAAUAUGAGUUCUAACAGAUUUGAAGGAAUCAUGAUCCCUUCAAAUCUUACCAAUUUAGAUGAGCUUCAAAUUCUUGAUUUGUCCUCAAACAAGAUUGUAAGUAGAAUUCCUGAAGACAUCAGCAGCUUGAAAAAGCUGCAGGUGUUGAAACUUGGAAGGAAUAGCUUCUAUGGUACAAUUCCACAAUCUCUAGGAAAUAUUUCUUCUCUAAAGAAUAUAAGUUUCGGCACCAACUCUCUUACUGGCUGGAUUCCUAGUGAAUUAGGUAAGUUACAUAAUUUAAUUGAGCUUGAUCUCACUCUUAACAAUCUUACUGGAAUUGUUCCACCAGUAAUAUACAAUUUAUCUUCCCUUGUUAACUUGGCCUUAGCUGCAAACUCCUUUUGGGGUGAGAUACCUUAUGAUGUUGGUCAUAAACUUCCAAAACUACUAGUUUUCAAUUUCUGCUUCAAUAAGUUCACAGGUAGAAUUCCAGGGUCUUUGCACAACCUCACAAACAUUAGGGUCAUUCGUAUGGCCUAUAACCGUUUGGAAGGAACAGUUCCACCUGGUUUAGGAAACCUUCCAUUUCUUCACAUGUAUAAUAUUGGCCAUAACAAGAUAGUCACCUCAGGAGUCAAUAGUUUGGACUUCAUUACUUCAUUGACAAACAGCACUCACUUGAAAUUUCUAGCAAUUGAUGGAAAUAUGCUUGAAGGUGUGAUUCCUGAAACCAUUGGCAAUCUCUCAAAGGAACUCUCAAACUUAUACAUGGGAGGAAAUCGUUUCAAUGGAAGUAUACCAUCAUCCAUUGGUCUUCUUAGCGGCUUGAAGUUGUUAAACUUAAGCCACAAUUCAAUCAGUGGUGAGAUUCCAAAGGAGUUAGGACAGUUAGACGAACUCCAAGAGCUAUAUCUGGAUGGAAAUAAGAUAUCAGGAGCUAUUCCAAAUUCUCUUGGUAAUCUUAUAAAGUUAAACAAGAUUGAUUUGUCAAAAAAUGAACUUGUGAGUAGAAUACCAAUCAGUUUUGGUAAUUUUCAAAACCUGCUCUACAUGGACUUAUCAAGCAACAAACUCAAUGGUAGCAUACCUGUUGAAAUCCUCAAUCUACCAACUUUGAGCAAUGUUUUGAACUUAUCAAAGAAUUUGUUGAGUGGAUCAAUACCUGAAGUUGGGAAAUUGCCAACCAUUGCAACUAUUGACUUUUCCAACAACAGAUUGUAUGGAAACAUUCCAAGCUCAAUCAGCAGUUGUUUGAGCUUGGAGAAAUUGCUUUUAUCAAAGAAUAUACUUUCAGGUUCCAUUCCAAAAGCUCUUGGAGAUUUGAGAGGCUUGGAAACUUUGGACUUGUCCUCCAACCUACUCUCAGGAUCCAUUCCUAUUGAACUUCAAAAUUUGCUUGUCCUAAACCUUUUAAACCUCUCUUACAAUGAUUUAGAAGGAGCCAUUCCUAGUGGUGGGGUUUUCCAAAAUCUCUCUGAUGUCCACUUAGAAGGCAAUAAAAAACUAUGCUUGCAUGUUGCAUGUGUGCCUCAAUUCCAUAGAAGAACACAUAUCAGAUUUUAUAUCAUCAUAGCUGUUGUUUUAACAUUGGGACUAUGUCUCACAAUUGGCUUGCUACUAUAUAUGAAGUAUACAAUGGUUAAGGUAACAGCAACAACAGCGUCUGGACAGCUAAAGCCACAGGCUCUACUGAUCUCUUAUGACGAGCUUCGCUUGGCAACUGAGGAGUUCAGCCAAGAAAAUUUAAUAGGAGUUGGGAGUUUUGGAUCAGUGUAUAAAGGCUACCUAAGUCAGGGAAAUACUGUUGCGGUGAAAGUGCUUGACACUCUAAGAACAGGUUCUUUGAAGAGUUUCUUUGCAGAGUGUGAGGCUAUGAAGAAUUCAAGGCACAGAAAUUUGGUUAAGCUAAUCACAUCAUGCUCUAGUGUUGACUUUAGAAACAAUAGUUUUCUGGCUUUGGUGUAUGAGUAUUUAAGUAAUGGGAGCUUGGAAGAUUGGAUUAAGGGGAGGAGAAAUCAUGCAAAUGAAAAUGGUUUGAACCUUAUGGAGAGAGUGAAUAUAGCUAUAGAUGUUGCUUGUGCAUUAGAUUACCUGCACAAUGAUAGUGAAACUCCUAUUGUGCACUGUGAUUUAAAACCAAGCAACAUUCUUCUGGAUGAAGAUAUGACUGCAAAGAUUGGAGAUUUUGGUUUGGCUAGGUUGCUGAUUCAAAGAUCUACUAAUCAAGUUUCCAUCAGCUCCACUCAUGUUCUAAGGGGUUCAAUUGGUUACAUACCUCCAGAGUAUGGAUGGGGAGAGAAACCUUCAGCAGCGGGAGAUGUAUAUAGUUUUGGAAUAGUGUUACUAGAGCUCUUCUCUGGGAAAACUCCACAGGAUGAUUGCUUUACAGGAGGCCUAAGCAUAACAAAAUGGGUGCAAUCAGCAUUCGAAAACAAGACUGUACAAGUCAUUGACCCUCAGCUGCUAUCUCUCAUUUUUCAUGAUGAUCCUGCUAGAGAAGACACCAAUCUACUAAUCCAUUGUGUGAAUGCAAUUAUGGGAGUAGGCAUGUCUUGCACUUUAGAUAAUCCAGAUGACCGCAUUGGCAUUAGAGUUGCUGUUCGCCAACUAAAAGCUGCCAGGGACUCUCUCAUGAAAAAAUCUGAUAUUAGGAGUCCUACUAAAAGCUACUAUUUGAUAAAUAAUGCAAAAGUUGAAAUUUGAGGCCAGGUGUUGAAAUAUAUGGUAAAAAUUGAUAUGCAUUUCUACCACUAUCUUUAGAUAGUAUGGUUAAACUGUGUUUCAUACAAUCAAGGCGAUUUAUGAGAUUUUGUGUGCUCUAUACAAAUUUAGAAAAUGUAUCUUAUUAAACAUUUAAAAUUUUAAAUAUUAUUCUCUUGCCAUUCUUACUGCGAAAUUAUUAAUAAUUCAUUAGUAAA